CAAGCCGAUUACGAUUCCGCUACGAACUGCGUAUUUUACCACGUAUGGUUCACGUUUUUGCUUUUUUCAGAGUUUUAAUUAUUUAUUUCUGUUAUAGUAAAUUAAGUUAGGCUAAAAUGGAUUCCGCCAAUGUAGGAUAUUCCUACCAUUUGCCUAGCGGGGGUUGGAAUUAUAAAAUUCGCAACACUCUAUCACAAUUUAGUGAUUUAUUUAGCGAAUUUAAUAAAUAUAUUGCCCCUGCCUACCACCAUGAUCGCUGUGAGAGAUCUGUUCAAAUGCGGGUAUAUUCAAUGCACAAAGGAGAAUUUGUUAUGGUUAUUAUUGCAUUUUUUGCAUGUUUUGGUCUUGGAGUAUUCAUAGGAUUAGCGGGUCCAUCACCAACAAUGACAACAUCUAUAUCAGCUACCAGCGUGCUAAAGAACGCCAGCACAAUAUUCACUGGACCGUACCGCUUGCAUAGUCCCGCGUUGGGUACUCGCGUCCAGCAGUUGUGGUUGCUUGCUGAAAUCAUUACUAACAAUAAUGAUGAAGAAAUAUUUGAUAAGAGCUUCCAAAUAAGUAUAUCGAUAGAUGGCGUGCUGAGCGACCACUCAACUGUCAAUUUAACGCCAGAAUCAGAUGCAACUAAUAGAACACUCCAUCUAAAAUGUCAGAAACAAGUGUGCGAAGAAGUGAUGGUUUUACAUCUGGGUUCCUUAGAAUACACGCAUUACGUACUCAACAUACAUUUCUAUGGUCUACAAGAGUUCCAUAAAAGAUAUUUUAUACGCGAAGUAAUGUUUUAUUUUAAAACCUACAAUCCAGUAUUCACACAAAUGGAGACUUGGUUCAGAUUCAUUUUCCUACUAACUACGUUCUCUGUUGCUUGUUGGUUUGCGCAUACGCUUCGGAAGUACUCUACGCAAGACUGGGCAAUUGAACAGAAGUGGUUAUCUAUUUUACUACCAUUGCUCUUGUUAUAUAAUGACCCAAUAUACCCCUUACGACUUGUAUCGGGCGGGUGUUUUGCGCCGUUCGUCGACACGAUGUUCCAGACGACGUUCCUAGCUUGCGUCAUGCUCUCGUGGCUAGCCUUGUACCAUGGACUGAGACAGAACGAAAGAAGUUUUGUGUCGUUUUAUCUGUUAAAAGUUAUAAUCGUCGGCUUAGUAUGGACACCGGCGAUGAUCGUAACAGUGUGGCAAAAGUACUAUGGAUACUACGAUCCAACAUUUAAUUACCUAACGGAUCCUAAUUAUCGAAUAAUAAAAUUAACCUUCUUCUGUGCUGUCGCGCUAUACUUCUUGUACCUGCUUAUACUUGUAGUCAAGGCAUAUAGUGAUCUGAGAAAUAUGCCAUUUUUUGAUAUAAGAUUGCGCUGUUUAUCGAUAAUAGUGGUGUCCGUGAUAUCGAUAACCACAAUCCUAGGGCUCCACUCUUGGGGCCCCGCGGCCCUACAGGACCAUUGGGCCUCGCAACCGAAGGUCCAUUUUGAUACAUCCGCACCAUUCAUGGCUAUGUAUGGUUUGUUUAACUUCAUACUGUACAUACUGGCGUAUCUUUUCUCGCCUGGAACUGGAUCUUUACAUGAAACCGCUAUAACCAAAGACAAUCCAGCGUUUUCGAUGAUCAACGAUUCGGAUGAAGAUGUCAUCUACGGUUCAGAUGAAGAAAGCCGGCGUCCUCUUAACUCUCACUCUAGAGCAAAUACAGAAAAUAUAUGAUGCAAUAUAUUUUG